AGCAGAGCGGUGUCGGGUCCCCCGGGCCGGCAGUCGCUGCGGCUCGCGCUCGGCGCUGGGACUGCCACCGGCACCCGCCGCCAGCUCCUGAGGGGUCGCCCGGCCCUUCCCCGGGGCCGCCAUGGAUCUCUUCGGGGACCUGCGGCGCAUGAACAAGCGGCAGCUGUAUUACCAAGUCUUAAAUUUUGCGAUGAUAGUGUCUUCUGCCCUCAUGAUAUGGAAAGGGCUGAUCGUCAUCACUGGGAGUGAAAGCCCUAUUGUUGUGGUGCUCAGUGGCAGCAUGGAACCAGCGUUUCACAGGGGAGACCUGUUGUUCUUAACGAACUUCCAUGAUGACCCAAUCAGAGCUGGUGAAAUAGUUGUUUUUAAAGUUGAAGGCAGAGACAUUCCAAUAGUUCACAGAGUAAUCAAAAUACAUGAAAAAGAAAAUGGGAACAUCAAAUUCCUGACGAAAGGUGAUAAUAAUGAAGUUGAUGAUAGAGGCUUGUACAAAGAAGGUCAGAACUGGUUAGAGAAGAAGGAUGUUGUUGGAAGAGCAAGAGGAUUUUUGCCUUAUGUUGGUAUGGUCACUAUAAUAAUGAACGACUAUCCAAAAUUUAAGUAUGCUCUUCUGGCAGUAAUGGGAGCCUAUGUGCUGCUGAAACGGGAAUCUUAAACAAAACACUUUUCCAAGAAUUAAAUAUACGGGGGUGGGAACCUAAUAUAUUUCAGAUAUUUUCAUUUCUGUAAACAGUUACAAAAGUAUACAAGCUUUUGUCUUGUCUAAAUAAACCAUACAACUAAUGAGUAAA